CCCUCACGUCCCUCCGCCCACACCAAUUACGAGUACACACAAAUUUGUACUGCGUCGGGACCUUGGAGUCAGAAGCUAGAUACAUAGAAUUGUUUCGUACACGUGACCAAUUCGAUAUGAGUAACAAAGCCAAAGGAUUGACAUACCAGGCUGCGGAGCCCGCAUUCUUGCAACGACUCAGGGGUGGGCUGGCAGGCGAAGAUUCUGCAAGACACGAACGUCCAAUUCCCCGCAACAAGAGACUGCAAAAGGACGACGACGAAGAUGAUGCUCCUACAUAUGUCCUCGAAGACACCAACCAAUCGCUGUCCAAGGCCGAGUACGACGCCCUGGUGGCUGGCGAGGAUCAGCCAAAGGACGCUCCCGCUGACGAGGAUCAAGCCGCAGCUGGCGGUGAGAAGAAGGAUGCCUCCAGCCAACAGUCCAAGGACAAGAUUGCAGAGGUUGGCAAGAUGACCAAAAAGAGGAAAGCCAUCAAAGUCAUAGGAGCAGACGCUGAGGAUGAGGAAGACUCAAAACCAAAUGCGAAACCUGAUGGGAAAGCUGUCAAGAAGCCCAAGAAGAAAGCAAAAGUUGUCAAACUAUCCUUCGGUGACGACGAGUAAGGCUACAGGGCCUCGAGAAACCUCCCAUCGACAACAGCUGUCUCGUG